CCGGGAGCGGCUUCCGCCUACGUCACGGACACCAGCCAAUCAGAGCACAGAUAUUUUUCCGGUGCAGAUUUCAAACCGUCGAGUCGUCAACCAACUGGGGGACCCGUCAACCGAAGCCGGAUUAUUUUUGAUAAAAUACCGCUUUAGCUCUAACGAAGUUUGUUUUAAAUAAUACAUUUGAGGUGGAAACAUGAGAGUGAGUGAAGUACACGCAGCAGAGUGCGGCGCCUACCUCAACCGAGCCCAGGUCAGGUUGCAGGAGAUUUGGGAUGAAAUCGGGAUUCCAGAGGAACAGCGCGUACAGAGAACCAAUGAUGUUCACAAACACAUUAAAGGCCUGCUGGACCUCAUGAUUACAGAAGAAGAGCAGCUCAAGAAGAGAUUACUGAAAAACAUAGAGUUAUGUGUUAAGGAACUUCAUAAUUUGUGCAGUGAGCUUCAGCUGCCCUCCUUUGAGGAGGAAGAUGGCUGCACCAUGUUGCAGAUGGAGAAGAACAGCCGCACGCGACUAGAGGUGAUGAAGGGGCACAAGAAGCAAAGAAUGGAAGAGCUUAAGGGCCUUGUUAGCAAAGACCGCGAGCUGUGUGGCAUUCUGUCCACUACCCCAUUUUACAUCGACACGGACUGCACCCCAUCACUGAAGCAACUUGAGGCAUAUCAUGCUUACAUGGAUGAUCUUACCAAAGAGAAGGAACGUCGUCAUGAGGAAUUUGUUGCCGUCAAAAAGGAGAUCAUCGUAUUCAUGGAGGAUCUGGAGCGGAACCCCGAGACGAGCUUUGAGAUGGAUGUGAUCUAUGAGGAUGAGGAGGAAUUUUGCCUGUCAAUUGACAACAUGGCUGCUCUUAAACUAUUCCUCAGUCAGUUACAAGAACACAAGGCUGAGAAUGAGCGGUGUUGUUCAGCUCUCCGUUCUAAGAUCCAUGAGCUGUGGGAAAGACUUCUGAUUCCCCAAGAGGAGCGGGAAGCCUUCUCUGAGCAUAUGGUCAAGACAAAGAAGAGAAACGUGGAGGCACUCCAGGCUGAGGUCCAGCGUCUAGAGGUGCUGAAGAUGCAGAGCAUGAAGACCGUCAUUGAGGCUAUCCGAGCUGAGAUUGCUCUUUUCUGGGAGAAGUGCUUUUACAGUGAAGAGCAGCGGCAAUCGUUUGUUCCAUACUAUGAUGAUGAUUUCACUGAAGAGCUACUCAACCUGCAUGAGGCAGAGAUCGGGACCCUGAAGAUGUGUUACGAGGGCCACAGGACCCUCCUUGAUGGAGUCACCAAAUGGCAGGAGAACUGGACCUUGUACAUGGAACUUGAUAAAAGAGCAAAUGACCCCUCCAGGUUCACCAACAGAGGUGGGAACCUUCUGAAAGAAGAGAAGCAGAGAGCCGACCUGCAGAAAAGUUUGCCUAAGCUGGAAAAGAGUCUUAAAGCCCAAAUUGAUGCUUGGGUGGAGGAGCAUGGCAAAGAAUUCCUCGUCAAUGGACAGAAAUUUUUAGAGUACGUGCAGCAGCAGUGGGAUUACCACCAUGCUGAAAAGGAGAAGGAGAAACAGGAGAGUGUUUCAAAUGGGAAGAAAACGCAAACAUGUGUUAUCCACGGAGGUCAAGUUGUAUGGAACUCUUGCAAUGAGCAACUCCAUACCAAAAGGCGGGUAGCAGGGACCCCCACACCUGGGAAAUGUACGCAGAGGCUCAAUGUUACCUCCACAAUCUCCACCCCCAACAGCCUCCUUGGUUCAGGCCUCAGUGGAACUCUGUGCCAGUCGUCCCUCCAGAAACCAGCUCCGUCUGCCAGCAAGGGUUUUGGCUUCCGAACACCUGGACAAGGGAAAACUCCCCGUGCACUAGACCGAAACAAGGAAAACAUCUCUAACCUCAGAAGCGCUCCAAGCGGCACACUGAGGUCUCAGGAUACGCACGAUAACACCUUCACCAUGGUUGCUUCCUCCUAUUCAGAGUUUACGAGAGACCUCUCGAAGGCUUCCAAUGUGAAGUCUGCCGUGCUGAACUCCACUGUCAGUCAUCAGUGACGAGGUCAAACCAUCCGGCUCGGCUGGAAACUUCACAACCCAUAUAAAUGUUUCUGCACACGUAAACACUUUAGUGUCUAUCAGUUAUGUGUUUAUUCCAGGGGGAGUCCUGCUGUUUUCUCUGCCGUAUGUGCUGUUUGUGGCAAGUUAUUGCUUUUUGUACCGAGUCGGUCAGUUUCCUUUUUAGGGCAGCAGCUUUUUAAAACACAUCUUUUAAGCAUAUUUAGGGAAAUCCUUUUGGUUUUAGUGUUGUAGGACCCAGCUUUUUUGUAUUCCUCCAAUUUGCUCUUCAGAGUACUUAUUUGUUUUUUAAAUCAAGCUGUAAAUAAACGUUUAAAAUACC